AUGGACCAACGAACCAGGCUACAGAAGGCUUGCGAUGCCUGCAGUAUCCGCAAGGUAAAGUGCGAUACAAGCGGCCCUCCGUGUCGGUCGUGCGCAAGUUUGAGCAUCCCCUGUACCUACGAGAGACCAACUCGGCGUCGCGGGCCCCCCAAUCGUCACGCAGAAGCCUUCAAAAAACAAAAGCUCGGAGAAUCCCCUUACGCUGCCCCGGGCUCGCCAGAUUCAACUGGCAGACUCUCCCCGUCGUUUAGCGGCAAUGUUAUCCCUCCUCCAACGUCAAGUACCGCAUCGGUGGAAUUGAUCUGCCCGUUGUCCACCGUCCAUCUUUUCAUCGACGACUACUUUACAUAUAUUCAUCCAUUGGUUCCUAUCCCUCAUGAGCCGUCCUAUCGCGCCGCCCUUGAUCGAAGGGAAGACCUCACAAGCAACACCUUCUUGGCCCUGACGGCUGGCAUGAUCGGAGCCCUCGUGGUGUCAUUCCCACGGCGACCCAAAUUACAUUUGAAAACUGAAGCGGAGAGGGCAGCGUACCCACACUCUACAGCCCUCGUCAAGCGGUGUCAGGAUGUCGCGGUUCAAGUACGAGGCGCGGGGUACCUUGAUCGCAACCCCACUGUUUACGACGCAGCUAUUAGUUAUUUUCUUGGUCUUUGUUCAGGUUAUGUCUGGAACGUUCGACGAUGUCGGGCGUAUUUUGCAGAAUGCUUAACAACGCUUCAUGUGUACGACCUAUGCAAUCCUUCUGGCUACCGGCUUUUAUCCUUCGGUCCCACUAGCCCGAUUUCCUCCUCGUCCCGCCAAUCGCAAGAUGUCACAGGUGCCGCAAGUGAUGGGUCGGUCAAUAUCAUCGAGCAGGAACUCGGGCGACGCCUGUUUUACACAACGUUGGCCGGUUACCGGACGCUGCAGCAAAUGGGUUCCCGCGAUGCGGCUGUACACGUCCCACCAGAAACGCCAUCGGAGCGCUAUCCCCCCUUACCUCUGGAGAUUGACGACGCAUAUAUAUUUCCUACUCACAUAGAGCCUCAGCCGGCUCAACCAAUUUCGCGUCUUGUCGGUUUCAAUGCCAAUGUCCGUGUGUACAACUCAUACAAUGCGCUCUCUGCCUGGGAAGUGGCGUUCGGGGCCGGUGAGAUUUUUGACUGGGACCGACAGAAGAACAUUAUAUACGACUGCUUGCAGAAAAGCAAGUUAGCUCUCGCAAAUGUCCCGAAAGAGUUAUCUCUUUAUCCGACGGACGAUACCUAUACCCAAGACCCGGAAGACUCUAAGCCGAGUCCUUUCAAUGGCGACCCUGACUUGGGUGAUCGCCGACAUAUCCAAUUCGAGAUACAGAAAGCCAAUAUAUAUGCCAGCCAGCUAGCAACUCGGUCCUACCUAGUUGAGAAGUACUGGAGCCUUCACGAGGCCUGGAUAAUGUACCACAAACCGCCGGACCAACACGCCUUUGUGCCUCCUCCUCCUCCUCCUCCAUCCACCUUAACCAGCGGCGGUGACCAAGCAGAUCAUAUCAGCAAUACAAUGAUUGAGGAGCGGCGACUUGUCAUCCGCGAUCUCUUCACCCUGUUACAAUCUGUCAACGAGAUCAAUAUGGAGCCUAAUGGCGCAAGCAUCACAUUCAAAAUCCGACAAGUUGCAUCUACCUUACUUGACCUUUCCAAAUCAACCAUGGAAACCGCCCCCGCCACAUCAGGCCCGCACCCGCUCACAAAGGCCGAAGCGGAAUCCUACCUGUACGCUUUCAUAGAUAUUCUAAUGCGCCUGGAGGGCCUCGCCUCGCCGAGCUCAAAGAAGCCGAACGCUAGUCCCCAGACACAAGGACGGUCGAUGAGCUAUCUGAGCGAUCAUGAUCGAGAUGAGGAAGAGCUGCGCCAAUGGGCGAGUUUGAAAGGGUACCAGGCGAAGUUUGCGGAAGCGGGUGGGUUAAUAUCUGAACUAUAA